GCACAGCAACCGCUCAGUCAGUCAGUCUCACGACCGCUACUGUCCGUGCACAUCGCCUCCGCCUGUUGACGUACCGGUAAAUUAUUACAAGUGUUGAAUUUUUAUUUUGAACAUUUCGUUGGACAUAUACUUGUCGCGUUCGUGUGUUUAUCGUGCGCCAAAACGACACCGUUUUUAGCCGAAUAAUACUGUGCGGUUCAUGUGCUCAACAACGUUUGUCGUUCAAUUCAUUCAUUGGUAACACACCGUUGGAUGCGCCGCCACUGCAGCUUUACAUACUGUUGGUGCGGACACACAUGCUAGAACCUACGGCAGCAGCAAAUAUGACCGUGCUUGCGCUCAACCAUCUGUUGCCUCCUUCGACCAACGGGCAACGGACUGUCAAAGAAGAAGACACCAAACCGAUCCUCAUGAACAACAACAACAACGACGAGACGGUGAGCAGCCCGUCGUCGGCCGCGGCUCGUCCGUCCGGCCACAUCAAGUUCAGCGUAGCCGCACUGCUCGCAGACACCAGGCCCGUCCGAUCGCCGACGCCAAACUCCGUGUACGACGACGACAUGAUGGAUACGCCCGACGACGACGACCGCGACAGCGUAGACGUGGAGGCCACCGGGGACGGCGGCCGUUACUCGACUACGCCGGAACGCGGCCGAUCGCCGCAAUCCGUCAACCCGUUCCACCAUCAACCUUCGGCCGGUGCGAUGGCCGCUAGGGCUUUCAUGAUGUCCGGAGCGGCAGGUCACCAUCAUCAUCAUCCCGUGACACCGGUCAGGCCCACACCGUUCACCGCGUUUGCAGCAGCAGCCGCCGCAGCGUACUCUGCCGCCGGCAUGCAACAUCCUGGAGCUCCCGGCUCGUGGCACCCAGCUGCACAUUAUGCCGGGGGUUUCCCCACUUUCGGUUCCAGUGGUCUCAAUUCCGGUUCACCCGAUUCCAAUAACGGCGAACCGCCUAAACUCAAAUGCAACCUGAGGAAACACAAGCCCAACAGAAAGCCAAGAACGCCAUUCACCACACAACAAUUGUUGAACUUGGAAAAGAAAUUCAGAGAAAAACAGUACCUGAGUAUCGCCGAACGUGCCGAGUUCUCGAAUUCCUUACAUCUAACCGAAACGCAGGUUAAAAUCUGGUUCCAAAACCGAAGGGCCAAAGCCAAGAGGCUACAAGAAGCCGAAAUCGAAAAACUGAAGAUGGCCGCGGUGGCCGCUGCCCGGCCGCAUCACCCGUUGUAUGGCAACCCUCAUCUGCCACACUACUUCCAACACCCGUCCGAAUUGUUCGGUCACCCACACCAACUGCAGUCUCUAUUAUCACACCGGCCGACGAUGGCCCAUUUGAUAGCCCAAGGCCUACAGUCGUCGGCCGCCGCAGCAGCCGCAGCCAGCCAACACCAAGGACCGCCGUCAUCGUCCCUAUCGCCCGGACGGCGUUCCAUAACGCCCGGAUCACCUUCUCCCACGAUCACCGGAGGAGGCGGUGGAGGUUCUACCACCAGUGUUUAAGACGACUCGCAUCUCCCACGUUCCUUGUCGCGGUGGUUUUCGAGGCGGGUACCUAACAUUUGAUACAACAUAAUAAUAAGACUUGAAAGUUUGUCCUACUUAAAAAAAUAAUAUUAUGUUGAAGUUAAUAUUACGAAUAUUUCGUUCUUCUUAAUUAUUAUUAUUAUUUUGUAAAGAAAACUAGUCAUCAAAACCGCGUGGACUCUGUAUACAUUAUUAUUAUUAUUAUUAUUGUUCCGUCAUUUUUAUUUGUUAAAAAUAAUUCAAGCAUUAUGUUAACCUUAUGAGACAACACCGGUUAUUUAUUUCGAACACGAUUUAUUGUAUAAAAAAAUAGUAGCCGUUGAUGUAAUAGAGAAUUCCUAUUGUUGGUUUAUUUAUCUAAAAUACUUUGUGGAGUAGUUGCUUUUUAGCCGUUAAUAACACUUGUAAUUAACUGUUGUUUGUGAUAAGAAUUACGUUAUUUUUUGACAUUUGAUCUGACGGAAACAUAUAACUUAUAUUUUAAACGUUCUCUGUGGACAAAUGUGUAAGCGAAUAUCCGCGUGUAUAUAAAUAUUUAUUUUUGUAAAUAAAGCCGUUUGUAUAAACUAUAUAAAUAUUUAUGUAAAAGAAUGUAUACAUGAAGAUAUUACUUCAACGAUAGAUUAUGAUUUUGAAAAUGUAGGGUAAAACUGUAUAACUUGCCAAUCCUAUGUACCCUAUAUUCUUUUUUCUUGUAUAUAUUACUACAAUUAGCAAUAAUAUUGAGAUUUUUUUAAAACAAUAAAAGUCAUUGUUAAUAUGUGAAA